UUCCAGAUCCUCUAUACUCUUUGAAUUGUUGUAAAGUAACAUAUUACAAAUUUUAAUGAAAAAGUCCGAAAGACCACUGUCGCUCCCGCCGUCCCCUUCACCGUGUGACGUCAUGACGCCUACGUCACCAAUUGAGACGUCAUGCUGUCGGUGCCGACGGGCGAAGAGCGUCAAUUCAAUAUUUUUACCCCGCGACGAACCGAAGAAGAAGUCUCCGCGGCUGCCCAAGCUUACUUGGUCUGUCUUCAAAGCCAAAGACAAGGGAUUAGGAAAAGCAAACAUAGCGGAUAAGGACUACUUGGCCUCACAAGAUCUGAGCCGCGAAGCGAAGUCCACAUCCUGGAGAUUCGUGCCCAGAGAUCAAGUCGAACAACCCAAGCCAGCAUGUGGAGCGCUUUUUACCGGUCGCGCCCCAUUCGUCAUUACUCCGAUAGCCACGCCUCGACAGUCUAAGCAAGCCGUACCCACAGACCCGACACCGAUGACGUCUUUAAAAGAUGAGCAAAAUCAAUCAGAAAUCACCUUACGUAGAUUUGUUUUAACCAAAGAAAGCAAGAACCGGCCUAAACCUGGAAUACGUAAGAUUGCACACGUUCCUCGUUCUCCGGGUCCUUUGGACGGAAGCUUGUACGCCCAAGUGAAGAAGAAUAAGAAGAUUGGAACCGAUGAUUCUGAUGACUCGACAUCUCUUAUAAACAGGGAUUACGAAGAAAUAGAUCAAGCAAAAGUUCCUUUACUUAGCUCUUCUGAAGGUGCAUUCCCUCCCGGUGUUCAGGAAGGCGAAACUACAUCUACUGUGACGUCACCGUCCCACCACGGCGUCGAUUUAUUGCGUGACGUAACAAACGCAUCUAUAGCCGCGGUGCAAGGUACGAAAGAUAUCACGUCGUCAACUACCAACGAAACAUCCUCCGAAAACCUUCCCGAAACGACACCGGCAAAAGUUGACACCCUUUCCACGACGACAACGAUUACGACAGUUAACAUUUCCAUGUCUACCGAAGUACAGUCAGAAAAAUCCGGCACCGUUGGGGAUUUACCCAGAAACGAUAACAGCAGCAACCUCUGGCCUCGGGAAUCCGAAGUACUUAGCCAACCUGAAUCCGAAAAGCCGGAAAAUAUGAAUUGCGAUGUUGCUGGUAUACUGGCAAGCCCACCGAGCAACGUAUCGCAAAACGACAUGGAAAGUGCUAUGGCGCUAGUUAACGAGUUUUUGAUGGAAGAGAAACUGAGAACUCCCAACGCGCUCACUCCGAAUGGCAGCACGCCGGAUAGACGAAGCUCAAACGACCGAGUUUACCCGGAAAUUGGAAACCUAGAUGGUUAUAUGGAAAGGGGUCUACAUGAUGAUUCGCCCGAUUUCGAGCCCCCGUUACCUAACUACCCGGCGCCUUACUACAACCCGAAAUUUCAGGACAAGAGUCCUGAAUAUGCAUUACCUGAUCGUGACGUUAUUCUCGGAUCAGCACUUGCAAAAUCGGCGGUGUUAGUAACCGCUAGACCCGACAACUCUUCUUAUUUGUUAAACCAAGUGAAUAACCACACUUCUACAUCCGAGGUGACGAACGGAUCUAUGUUUGUUGAUAGUAAUCUCGAAACCGGUGGCUACUCGACCAUUGCAGAGCUGACCGCCGUGGAAAACAUGCUGAACGGCAACCAUAAAGACAGCCUUGAUUCUGGACAUUCGUUGGACAUGCAUACCGUCUCUGCACCCGUACAAAAAGCGACUUCCAGCAGUGAUAUCGACAGUGGUAUAGAUGGCAGUGCGAUGGCUAUUUCGUCCGCCGGCGAUCUGAGACCUAGUCCAAAACUUGCACGAAACUCAGUCCCGCUUACCAGUACGUCAGUGGUGACUGACGACUGCACCAUGUUAAAUACAUCUGUACAAACAGUAGAUGUAAAUGAAAAAAGUAAUGAAAACAACAACGGGAAUUUCUUCAGUCAUCAGCAGGCCGUAGUGCCAGUUCAGGAAACAAUACAUUUCCAGCCGAUUAAAGAGGCCGAUGUCCAAUUUAUCCGAAUCAAAAACGUCUACAAAGACUCUGAAUCGAACCUGGGUACGAAUAUUGACACCAAAUCACCAAGUCCUCGAAAUGUCAUGGAGUCGUCAACGGAGAACACUAAUGGUCUUCCAUACCAAGAAGAAAAGACGGAGGGUGAUGUAAACGAAGAGGAAGAGGAGCUAAGAGUUCAAGAGGAGAUCGAAAACACGAGGAAACGGUUGCUGUGGUUACAGGAGCAGCAGAGCAAGAUAAAACUAAAAAAAGAAGAAAAAAUUAAGCGAAACAGCUACGGUUACAGCACAAGUACUUUGCCCACAAAGUUAAAAGGCAGUCACUCUUUGCACUUAGUGAGCAGUACUCUCCCCCGCCCCCCACACCACAGAAACGAAGAUACCAAUCACGCCACCUCGGGCGCCAGGUCCAUGACAGCCAAGGAAAAACAAGACAUAGAUGAGCUUUUGCGAUCGGUCCAGGAACUCGACUUAGCUGUCACCCAGUCAGCACCGGACGCUGGGAAACCUAGAGGAUUCGCCGAGUGUGAGAAAAUGGUAUCCACUAUGGCGUCACCGGACGUAGUCACUUUACAGAGCCACCAACAACACAGCUACAUUACCCAACGCAACGGUCCAGCCCCUACCACACAUAGUUACAUAACCCAACGUAUGUCGUCUGCUACGGCGCUUGGCUCACCUACCUUCACCCCUGCCUAUGCACACCCAAUGCACCAUCCAGAGCAUAUGCAACGACAAAAGCAGGAUGAUCCCGCGGAGCUACAAAAGCAGCAACUGGCAAAGCAACAAGCGCAACAAGAGCUGCAGCGUCAGCAACAGCAAGAACUAAUGCGCCAGCAAAAAUUGGAGCAGCAGCGGGAACUUGAAAGACAGCAAGAGCAGCGAAAACAAGAAGAGCUGACGAGGGCGCGGAUGAAGGAGAGACAGCGGGAAAGUCUUCGUCGAAUGGAAGCUGCACUGGAACAGCAGCAACGAAAGAUGCAGGAGCAAAGGAUUCAAGACAUAAAGGUCCAGGAAGAGAAGCGACAGCGAGAGCGGGAAGAGCAGGAAAGGUUCCAGUUGGAAUUUGAAAUGAAACAGCGGCAGAUGCUGAAUGAAAUACCCGAAGAUCAGCGGCCAAAGCAGCAGGAGAAUAGUUUUACGUCCAGCAUUCGCAAAGGAGCCUCUGCAAUAAAGCGUGACACUAAGCCCGAGCAAAGCCCACCAGCCACCCAAAUAGCUGCACCGUCACAAGACAACAAAAAGAAGACGGACCAGUUGGAACUGCAGAAUCAACUUGACGAGUUAGACAUGUACAUAGCACAGCUGUCACAGAAUUUCAAUGGCGUUACAUCGAACCAAACCACACCAGCCAAAUCAGAGGCAGUUCUGAGAAGGCGACGCUCGUUUUCCAUUGAUAGUGAUAGAAAAAUGGAGACAAAUGUUGGCCAACACACGCAAGAGUCGCAGAGUAGUAGCACUACAGAAACUCCACCCCGACCGCCUUCACGUACAAGAAGCAGCUACGACUCUGUCUCAAGGAGACUUUCACACGGCUUUGAAUUGGCACAGCUUAUGCGGCAAAAUUCCAUUGGCCAAGACUCCAAAGACACCUUUAACGAGCCAACGAACGACGACGUUUUCUCGCAAGAUCAAAACAUGCCACAGCCUUCGUACCCACCCCGCACCUCUCAUACCCGCCCACCUCAACAGCAGAUGGUAGGAAGAUCUCUCUCUUCCGCAUCCAGCUCCGGAUCUACUUCCGCCCAUAAGAAAUCACUGGAGGAGCGUCUUUCUCCUCAACUAUUCCUUGCAAUGUCUGUCAACCCAGGAGGACGCCCAAUCGAGGACAUUCACAGCUACAAAGAAGACCUGGAACCAGAUUCACCCAAAGAGGAAAGAAGUCCCCACCCUGCUACCCCAGCUUUUCCAAUUACACCCAAAACUCCAUACACUAACUUAACAUCACCAAUAGCUCAUGUACCGAUAGGGAUCACGAAAACUCCAUUGUCGGAAUUAGGCCUCAAACCGAAACCAUUAGAACUGGAUGAUUCGAAAAAUAUCCCGGGCACCCAUACACCAGCUGGCGUACACCUCAGCAGCGCCCCCAAGCAGCACCAAGUUACUUCUGCAAGUAUCAACGGGACCACACAGGGUAUCAUGACGCAAUCACAAGUUACGUCACCACAACAGUCGGUUCACAUGAACAAAACUACAAACCGAUCUGUAAUUGUGGAAAACUCUAGAAUUAGGUUAGACGAGCAAACCAGGCCGACCAAUCACCAGCCGACGUUAGAAUCACGUGACCCGUCCACGCAGCAAUACAUUCAUGGCAGUUUUACGCCACCACUUUCACAAACAACAAGCUAUACCGCGACUGACCGACGUCCUAAUGGUUGGCAACAGAACCACAGUCCACAUGCCAACUCUGCUAGUCCCGUGGCAACAAAGGACAUGAGAUCACCAUGGGUUUUCAAUGGAGAUACAAGCCCUAUUGCGUCCAGUCCAGCAGGGAAGAGCCCUGUCAUUUCGUCCAUCGCUUCAUCUGCAACGCCACCGCACGGAAACGGGUCAGGAGAAGUUUCUCCGGCAGGAACUCGCAGCUUGAACGGGAGCAACGACUCUCUGCUGUCUGGAGGAAGCGCUUCCGGCCACCAUCCACAUCUCGCUUAUCAGAAGGAUCGGUAUUCUCACAACAUUCCCAAAGAUUCAAGUCGUCACUCCGCUAGCAGCAUCCGCAGCACUUCCACCGGCGGUAGUGGAUACCUUGGCGGAGCAUCCCAAACUUCUCCUCACUCUGCGGGGUCACCAGUGUCGGGUUCCGGACAAUACCCCUUCACCCACAUAAACAAAAGAGAAAGCCAGCUUUCAGCGUACGACCGACAUGGCGGUCAUCAUCUUAUAUCCUCCGAUGAGGGUGGUUUAAGCUCUCCUGCCUCUGGCAGAACUAGCGCUUCAUCCGUAUCAGACAUUGAGAAGCUCGCCCACGAAGUCUCACAAGCAAACAUUGCCGGUACCCCUCCGAAGUUUAUUAAAGACACUACUGCCUACUGGUACAAGCCUGAAAUUAACCGUGACCAGGCGCACGCGAUGCUGCGAACGAGACCGCCAGGCAGCUUCGUGGUUCGAGCAAGCAGAUGCUACCCUGGGGCAUUCGGUCUUGCUUUGAAAGUUCACCAAGUGCCUGCCGCUGUUCUUGCGACAGCCAAACCUGGAACUGACAUGAACAACGAGCUCGUACGUCAUUUCCUAAUCGAGCCCAGCACACGUGGAGUAAAACUGAAGGGUUGUCCGAACGAACCAGUCUUCGGAAGCCUCUCUGCUCUAAUCUACCAACAUUCAAUAACUCCCCUUGCCCUGCCCUGCAAACUUGUCAUUCCAACUUCGAACCAAGACGUCCCACCAGCCGGUUCAUCUCGAGAUAGCACUGAGAUACAAAACUCAGCUGUGGAGCUGCUGAAACAAGGAGCUGCCUGUAACGUUCUAUACCUUGGUAGUGAAGACACAGAAUCGCUGACUGGCCCUGAGGCAAUUGAACGAGCGAUGCGUGAAUGUAUGCAGAACGUUGGGCAAGCUAUCAAAACCUCCGUCGUUCACUUCAAAGUCUCCCCUCAAGGGAUUACCCUGACUGACAAUGCUAGAAAAAUCUUCUUCCGUCGUCAUUACCCUACCGCCACAGUUACCUACUGUGGUCUUGACCCAAGCGCCAGGGAGCCACAUAAUCGUCGCUGGGAUGCCUCUAAGGACCGUGGUCCUCCAAACGCAAGAGUUUUUGGCUUUGUUGCAAAGAAACCAGGCAGCUCAGUUGAGAACGUUUGUCAUCUUUUCGCCGAGCUUGACCUGGAUCAACCAGCGCCCGCAAUUGUCAACUUCGUUUCCAAAGUGCUGAUCGGUGCGGCCGGUAGCAAUUAAGUCCAUUUUCUUGGUUUUUCAUCCGACCAGGUUCGGUUUACAGUCGAUGGUAUAAGGUUCCAGGGCCCGAGCGACCACAAUUCCGACUUCCCGGUCCGAGUGCUGGUUCACCGGUACGGGGGAGCGGAAACAUUACCGAAUGUUCGAGAACUCUUAACGUGCUGAUUGACUUUAAAUCGGCAUGUCGAGCGUAUAGCUGUUGUUUACCGCUUUGAACUACCACACCCCACUUACGUUUAUACCCCACUUACGAGUCCCUACCCUAUACCGGAGUGUCCUCGUUACGUCAUCACUGCCACGUCAUCCCCAGGUAGACUUGACGAUCGAGUGACGUCAUCACUUGUAAUUUUCAGUAUUAUAUAGCAUUGUAAUAUUGUGAGCUUUCUAACCGUUGCAUUAUUUCCUUUACCAUUGAAUCAGGUUCAUUUUAGACGCGCAAACUUUUGUCAGCAAUUUUUAACUUUGUCCUGUCCGAGCACACGGUCCGUAGAAUUGAACUCUAGCGCAGAAUCAUUCUUAUUUACGCCUUACAUAUUUUUGCUUAUUUAUUAUUACACCAUACAACGAGGCAGCGGCGGCCGUUUUGGUACACCCCACUUGUACAGAUCUUACUUGCCCUUGUAUAUUUCGCGUUUACUCAUUUUAACAAGGUUCUAUCUAUGAUCGGUGAGCGGGUAGCAAAGCGUUUUAUUUUAUUUUGGUGUUUUGUGUCCGCUUUUUGCGCUUAUCGAGCGGUACAAUGUUUUAAGUUAACACAAAAAUCAGCUUGAACAUUUUAAAAAGAAAGAAUCGUCUAAAUAACAAAUAGGAAUAUGUGGUACACCAAAAUAUUACAGAACUACCGAAAUUACAUAAUCGCAUUUAGCGCACAUAGUUGGUAACUAUUAUCGUUACUCUACAUUUUAUCGCAUUUCUUUAUUAUUGUCUCAUUUUCUUCUUUCACCCAGUUCCUCUUUACAGAAUUGUGUUAUACGCCAAUGUGACGUGCAUGUGCGUGCGCAACAGUGUACGUGACCUGUGUGUGCGUGUACAUGUGCUGAGUGUAAUAAAUAUCGUAAAUCAUC